UUGCCCCUCCGAUGAUGAAAGUGUGACUGACUGCUGGCAUCUUCAUGAGCUCCAGAGGUCACAGCACGCUCCCACGGACUCUCAUGGCUCCUCGGAGGAUGAUUUCCGAGGGAGACACAGGAGGCAUUGCUCAGAUCACCUCCUCUCUCUUCUUGGGCAGAGGCAGUGUGGCCUCCGACCGGCACCUCCUCCAGGCCCGAGGCAUCACCUGCAUCGUUAAUGCUACCAUUGAGAUCCCCAACUACAACUGGCCCCAGCUUGAAUAUGUUAAAGUGCCUCUGGCUGACAUUCCUCAUGCGCCCAUUGGAUUGUACUUUGACACUGUGGCUGACAAGAUCCACAGUGUGAGCAAGAAGCAUGGGGCAACCUUGGUGCACUGUGCUGCGGGAGUGAGCCGCUCGGCCACCCUCUGCAUUGCGUACCUGAUGAAAUUCCACAAUGUGUGUCUAUUGGAGGCGUACAGGUGGGUGAAAGCCCGGAGGCCUGUCAUCAGGCCCAACGUGGGCUUCUGGAAGCAGCUGAUAGACUACGAGAACCAGCUUUUCGGGAAGUCGACCGUGCAGAUGAUAGACACACCCUAUGGUGUCUUUCCAGACGUUUAUGACUCCCGACACCUGAUGCCUUACUGGGGGAUUUAGUGCUGCCACAGCUGGCAUCCGCAGCCCCUCAGCAGCACCAGCAUCCGCCACACAGUCUUCUCCCUCUUCCUCUCUGGUUCUCCUGCCAGUGUUUCUACACUGGGUGUUUGCGUUUAAGAGACGUGGAGGGAAAACACUGCUAGUAAAAUUUUUUAAAACUAGCAUUUUGAAAUAGCAAACAUGAAAAUCUUUAACUGGCCUUUAAUCCUUUAUAAGACCUGGAACAGUGUAGGAUACUGUUCCUGCUUUCUUUCUGGUUCCCAAGCCUUUCGGAGCCUUGGCAGGUGCAGGAGGAGUCCAUUGCAAAGAUCGCCCUGGGCCUUGAUUAACCCUCUAGAGACCAGCUUUGCCCGUGGCUGCUGGCUGGAUAGAUGUUUAAGGAUAUCAAGGCCAGCUUAGUCUCUACUGGAUUAAUUAGCCCGGUCCUUUCUUUUCCUCUGUUAUUUAGCAAUUCUAUAAGUUAAGUUUAGUUGAUAAGUGAUUAUGAUGAAAUCUGUUGCAAAGACCCUCUUGAAAUCAGUGUGCCCUGGGAUUAUAUUAGCAUUAUUUUUAAUAAAUCUAUCUGCUUA